GAUACUGUUUUUCUUUUGCAGUACAGAGAAUGAACCGGCUGUGGAAGAGAAAACCCUCUACGUUGGCUGACAGCUGGUAAAGAAGAUGUUUUAUUUUUGUGACAGGUGCCUGUGGGAUCUGUGAUAGAAAUGAUGGCUGGCUGUGGUGAAAUUGAUCACUCGAUAAAUAUGCUUCCUACAAAUAAGAAGGCGAGCGAGUCCUGUUCUAGCGCUGCACCUUCUCUAACAGUUCCCGAGUGUGCCAUCUGCCUGCAAACGUGUGUUCAUCCCGUCAGUCUGCCCUGUAAGCAUGUUUUCUGUUAUCUGUGUGUAAAGGGCGCUUCAUGGCUUGGGAAGCGAUGUGCUCUUUGUCGACAAGAGAUUCCUGAGGAUUUCCUGGAUAGGCCAACCUUGUUGUCCCCAGAAGAACUUAAGGCUGCAAGUAGAGGAAAUGGUGAAUAUGCGUGGUAUUAUGAAGGAAGAAACGGGUGGUGGCAGUAUGAUGAGCGCACUAGUCGGGAGCUGGAAGAUGCUUUUUCCAAAGGUAAAAAGAACACGGAAAUGCUAAUUGCUGGGUUUCUCUAUGUUGCCGAUCUUGAAAACAUGGUUCAGUAUAGGAGAAAUGAACAUGGACGUCGCAGGAAGAUUAAGCGAGAUAUAAUAGAUAUACCAAAGAAGGGAGUAGCUGGACUUAGGCUGGACUGUGACACUAAUACUGUGAGUCUAGCAAGAGAAAGCUCUGCUGAUGGUGCGGACAGUGUAUCAGCACAGACUGGAGCUUCUGUUCAGCUUCCAGUGCCGUCUUCCUCAAGACCACUAACAUCAGUUGAUGGUCAGUUAACCAGCCCCGUAACACCAUCCCCGGAUGCAGGCACUUCUCUGGAAGACUCUUUUGCUCAUUUACAACUCAGUGGAGACAGCAUAGCUGAACGGAGUCACAGAGGUGAAGGAGAAGAAGAUCGUGAAUCACCAUCUUCUGGCAGAGUACCAGACACUUCCGUUGAAGAAACUGAAUCGGAUGCCAGUAGCGAUAGUGAGGAUGCCCCUGUGGUGGCUGCACCACACUCCUUGAACCAGCAGAGACUUUUGGUUUCAAAUGCAAACCAGACAGUAGCUGAACGAUCAGACCGAUCGGGGACUGACCGAUCAGUAGCAGGGGGUGGAACCAUGAGUGUCAAUGUCAGAUCGAGAAGGCCUGAUGGACAGUGCACAGUGACAGAGGUUUGAACACCGUCUCCAGUGCCACACUCGAGGGUGAGAUGGAUACCUGUAAAUUUCUGCCCACAUAACAUUAUACUCAUCCUUAGUAGUGCAUUGUGGGAGUUGGGGUGGGAAGGGAUAUGGGAAGGACAGACCUGAAAUUAAAAUGUCUAACAUGU